UUCUAACUUCCUAUUCCUAACCUUGUUGGAAAAAAACAUGUUGAGAGCUACACUUUCUUUGUUUACCUUCUCUAUCAACAAAAAUUUUAAUUCUAUCACUUUAAGGUAUUAUAUGCAAACAAAACAAGUAUGUAACAAAGCAAACAGAAAUGUAGAAAAUUGGAAAGAAGAGCUAUGUAAUACCAUGCAAAUAUUUCCAAACUUUAUUACUGUAGAGGAAGAGAACUCUUUAAUGGAAGAAAUUGAACCCUAUAUAAAGAAGCUACGAUAUGAACAUUCUCAUUGGGAUGAUGCAAUACAUGCUUAUAGAGAAACAGAGCGAAACAAAUGGAAUGAAAAUAACUUAAAGAUAAUAAACAAAAUUCGUGAGAAAGCAUUUCCCAAAGGAAUGUCUCAAAUUCCAUUAAUACAUGUUUUGGACCUAGCACCAGAAGGAUGGAUAAAACCUCAUGUUGACAGUAUUAGGUUCUGUGGAGAAAUAAUUGCUGGUUUAAGUUUACUAAGCAACAGUGUAAUGAGACUUACAAUGGUUGAAAAUGAAGCAUUAUAUAAGCAUGACUUUUUGCUACCACAAAGAUCUUUAUACAUAAUGAGUGGUACAGCUAGAUAUAACUACAAACAUGAAAUCUUAAAGAAUGAAGAAUCAUAUUUUGAAGGGCAACCUGUAUCAAAAACUAGACGCAUUUCAGUAAUAUGUAGAAGUCAACCAAACCCUGAUACUAUGAAUAAAAAACACGUGGUUAUACAGACACCUCCAACACCUCGACGUCGACGUCGACGACGUCAACAGAGAAUAUCGGCAUAUUUUAAAACUAAUGCUAAUGUUGAGGAAGAAGUUCCUUGUACUAGUGAAAAUAAUGUAGCGCGUAAGUGUACAUACAAAAAAAGAAAAGCAAUAUCAGAGAGUAUGGAAUCAUCUGCGAUACAGUAUAAAACUGCAAAAAUCCCUGUGAUAUCAAUAGACAGCGAUAGUGAUACAUCUAACAGCAAUUAUAAAAUUGCAUCCACAUCAGUUAAGAAAAACAUAACAGAAUGUGCUUUGAAAGAAAAUAUAAGCGUAGAUAAAUCUAAAAAUGUAUUAAAUAAUUUAAAUGAAACAAUAACCAAAGUACAAAACUCUAAAUCACCAAGUAGGAAUGUAUUGCAUGAAAAGUUUACUAUAGAAGAAUGUAAGCCAAAUUUUAAAGGAAAACUAAACAUAUUAAAUGAUAGUCCUGUGAUUGAGUUAGAGGGAGAGAUCAAAGAUUCUGAUACUGAAUCAGAUUGCAGUAUUAUUCUUAAAGAUGAAUGGUUUCAUGAUGACCAAUUAAAUUUGAAUACUUUGCAGAGAUGCAAAGUAGUUGAUAUAUGUCAUGAACGCGAUGCCCUGAUACUAAGUGUGACGAACUCGGAAUUUCAAACGCCUACCGUUAUAAAAUGCUUAGAGUAUUGGAAAUAUACAAAGGUAGAAAAAGAUAGCAUUAUAGCUGUAGAAGCAAGAAAGGAAAAAGACUGGUGGAUAGUCGAUAACGAAUUCGGUUUUAUCGUUGCAUAUCCAGAUAUACUAAUAUCUAGUACUACGAUUGUAGGUGGCAUGUUUUGUAAACGAAAAAGUAUAUUAAAUGAAAAGUUUCGGAAAAUAGAGUCUCUUCCUUGCUUUAAAACUGACCAAACUGCUAUGGUGAUUGGCAGUUUCGUACACGAAUUGUUACAAAAAGCCAUUCAAAAAGAUAUUAACAAAUUCUCGGAUAUAAAAAAAUUAUUAGACAGCAUGCUCCAGUCUAGAGACACGAUAAGCAUUCUUUAUGCUACAGGAAUUACGUUAGACGAAUGCAGAAAACAAAUGCUUGUUUUUAUUCCAAGAAUUUAUCAAUUUAUUCAGCAUUAUUUAAAAGAUAAACGACAAGAAGAAAUAAAUCGUAUUGAAAAUAAUUUUAAAGGACAAAUUGUCGAUAUUUUAGAUAUUGAAGAAAAUAUUUGGUUACCAUGUUUAGGGAUAAAAGGUAAGAUUGAUGUCACGGUGGAGGUAGAAGAGAAUUGCAAACGAAAAAUGAUGCCGCUUGAAAUUAAGACGGGCAAGCCGUCAUUCUCUUUAGAACAUAAAGGUCAAAUUAUUCUAUACAUUAUGAUGAUGGCUCUUACUGGUCAAGACACAGAUACAGGACUCUUAUUGUAUCUGAGAGAGAAUAAGAUACAAGAAAUUAAAAGUGAUCAUCGUGAAAGGAGAGAUUUAAUGCAAUUAAGAAACGUUUUAGCAUAUUAUUUGACUCCGAAAUCAACCGAGAUGUUUUCAGAGUCAACUGCGGAUUUGAAUUGGGCCGGGUUUGACUUACCGGAGCCGAUUAAUCAUCCAAGUGCAUGUAAUAAUUGCAUGUACAACUCAUUAUGUUGUGCCUAUUUAAGCAAAGACAGUAAUAAUAAAUUGCCUUUGAAGCACCCACUAAAUCAAUUGAAAGAAAAAAUUUCCCAGGUAUUGUCGCCUUCACACACGAAUUAUGUUUUACAUUGGAUUUUAUUAUUAGAAAUGGAGGAAAAUGCACAGGCUACUGAUAAGUCGCACUUAAAUUUAUGGACACUAAGCGCGGAACAAAGAGAAAACAAAAAAAUAUGCAUUUCAAAUUUGAAAAUGUUAAAGACAAUAAAAGAAAGUUUUUGCAAGUAUAAAUACACAUUCGUUCGUAAUAGUUCAAACGCACAAGAUCGAGAAAGUAUUCCUUAUACGGAAUUUUCUGAAAAUGAAUAUGUAUUAAUAAGUACAAACAAACGAAUAAAUGUAUCAGCAGGCUUUAUAGUACAUCUAAGCAAUGCCUCUGUAGCUGUUAGGGUUGACAGGGAUAUUAGUCAGUAUAUUACGAACGAAUUAGUUCAUAUCGAUAAAUAUCAGUCUUCUACUCUCCACUGUUCUAAUCUUGCUAGCGUGGGUGGCUUAUUGGCAAAUAAUAAUAUAUGUGCCAAAUUGAGAGAAAUUGUCAUCGACAGAAAACCAGCUACUUUCGAUCAAGGAGUUCCACAAUCUAUUGUCUCGAAAAGUAGCAAAAUAUUGCAAACUUUGAACGAGAAUCAACAAAGGGUAGUUUUGAAAGCUCUUACCGCUACAGAUUAUAUUCUAAUCAAAGGAAUGCCUGGCACAGGCAAAACACAAACUUUAAUAGCUUUUAUUGAAUUGUUGCACGAGACAGGACGCUCCGUUUUAAUUACCUCUCACACCAAUAACGCGGUUGAUAAUAUACUACUAAAAUUACUGGCUAAAGGCAUUGAUUUUUUGAGAUUAGGCUCAUCUGUUCAUGAGUCACUAAAAGCUUAUGUUGAAAAGAACGCAAUAGCCAGAUGUACUACGCCAGAGGAGAUGGAAAUAGCAUAUUCCAAAAGUAUAGUUGGUGUUACUUGUUAUGGGGCUUAUCACCCAAUGUUAUGUACAAGAAUUUUCGAUGUCUGCGUGGUAGACGAAAGUGCACAAAUAUUACAGCCAACUGUACUGCGACCCCUGUACAAUGCUCGCAAAUUUGUUUUAGUUGGAGAUCCAGAUCAAUUACCCCCAAUCAUCCAAAGUAGUCAAGCAAGACAACGUGGCGCAGAUGAAUCCUUAUUUAGUAGGCUAGACAGCGAAAAUAAUACUGUAAUUUUGACGGAGCAGUAUAGGAUGAAUAGAUAUAUCAUGACUUUAGCGAAUAAAUUAACGUAUAAUGAUAAAUUGAAAGCUGGUAAUAUGCUCAUAGAGAGUGCCACGUUUACCGCUAAUCAUAACAAAAUACUCAUGAAAGCAGAACCUUGGGUACAGAGAGCACUCUCUCAAAAUCUAAGUGACUCUGUAAUGUUAUUAAAUACCGGCCCUAUCAACAAAUUAAAAGUGAAUUAUAAGUUUUGCGAUAAAUAUCCGGAAAGUGAUCAAGUGUAUUCAAAUAUUUUCGAAGCAGCUGUAUUGCGAAAACUAGUCCAAACUCUUCUGCAGAUGCAUGUAGAACCGGAAAAUAUUGGAAUUAUUGCGCCCUAUAGGGCACAUGUAAGUUUAUUAAAAAAUGUAAUUCAAAACGGUAUUGAGAUAAAUACUGUAGAUCAGUAUCAGGGUCGCGAUAAAGAAAUUAUAUUGUAUUCCUGCGCUAAAAGUUUAAUUAGCAGUAAUAACGUAAAACAGGUACAGGAUCUUGAGGUACUAGGAGAUCACCGUCGUCUGACGGUAGCAAUAACGAGGGCAAAGUGUAAAUUGAUUAUCGUGGGGGAUAAAUCCACCCUAUUAAGCUAUACAGUCUUUCAAAAAUUGUUCAGUUUAAUAGAAGAUAAAAAUACAAUACAUUUACAUGAUAACAGUGAUGGUUUCUCAUGGAAAGAGAUCACAUCUGCGUUAUAGUUUCGCUUAAAAUUUUAUUCAUUUUGAUUUAAAGAAUUUAAUAUAUAAUAAAACAGAAGUUUUUCUAUUGAUGAUGAAGCAUGAAUGCAAGUACUUUCAACUUCAAUGAAA